UUCUCUCUGUAUGCUGCUUCCUCUCUUUUUCCCCCUUCGCAAUUAGGUUUCUCUGUCGUUUCAGCCAUCAAAAUCCCAAUUUGCCGUCUCUAAAUUUCAAUAUUUCGUUUCCUCUCAGGAAUGCGAUUAAUUGAUUGACGAAUAAAUCAAUAACAAUCAUGGAGAUACAAUCAAAUGGAAAGCCGAUUGAUUCUUUGCUAGAAAGAGUUCUAUGUAUGAAUAUUUUAUCAUCAGAUUAUUUUAAGGAGCUUUAUAGGUUGAAAACCUAUCAUGAAGUUAUUGAUGAAAUUUAUAAUCAAGUUGAUAACGUUGAGCCUUGGAUGACUGGCAAUUGCCGCGGCCCGUCUACGGCUUUUUGUCUUCUGUAUAAGUUUUUUACUAUGAAACUCACUGUCAAACAAAUGCAUGGCCUUUUAAAGCACAAAGAUUCGCCUUAUAUUCGUGCGGUUGGAUUCCUCUAUUUAAGAUAUGCUGCUGAUCCAAAGACACUCUGGAAUUGGUGUGAACCAUACAUUAAAGAUGAUGAGGAAUUCUGUCCGGCUUCUAACAAACGAACGACUACUACAAUGGGUGUAUAUGUGCGUGAUCUGCUUCUUGGACAGUAUUAUUUUGAUACCCUUUUCCCCCGAAUUCCUGUCCCUGUAUUGAGGCAGAUUGUGUCUCAUCUUGAGAAGAUGAAGCUUCCCUCAAAGCCCUCAGGUGCAACAGGGGACUCAGUUCGCCAUGGAUCUGAUGACACUGCACGCCGGCCACCAUCUGUGAAGGCUGCACUUUCAGUCUCUUUUGGCCAGCGUGCUCCCCAUCGUGCAUCAACAAGGGACUCAUCACCUGUUCGUCGUACAAUACCGCCGCCCUCUUAUAAUAAAGACAAUGAAGAUCCAAGAAGAUCUCCUAGCAGGCGUCGCAGCCAGAGUCGUGAAUAUUCUGACAGAGAAUAUUCCGAUAGAGAUAGGGAUCGGGGAAGAAAGUAUGAUGAAGAUCGAGACAGGGACAGGGAUAGAGAUCGAAGAUAUGACUAUGAUAGGAGGUCGAGAUAUUCUAACAGGGAAAGCAGAAGAGACUAUGAAAGCAGCAGUCGUGAAGGUAUUAGACAGUACAGAGAAAGCAGUUCUCACAGAAGCCGCAGUCGAAGUAGGAGUCGUAGCCGAAGCAGGAGCAGAAGUCGAAGUAUACAGGCUGGUGCUUCACCAUUUGGUCGUCAUUCAAGUCCAUACAGGGAAGGGACCAAGGAGAAGACAUCUGCAUCGAUCAAUCUGGCAAAGCUUAAGGAUCUGUAUGGUGACUUGAGCAAUCAGAAAGGGGAUGAUGGCAUGGAAAGGGUUCCUCGAAGAGAUAACAGUGGCGAAGAAGUAAUUCGGCUUGGUGGUUCUACUUGGAAAUAGUUAAAAAAAAUUAGGCUGUGGUGCCGGGAGCACAUGAGAUGUAUUAUUUGGUUCUCAGAUAGCUAACUUGUUGGUUCAAAAUCUAGGAAACAGUUGGUUUCAUGAGCGUUUCAUUUCUCUGUAGGCAUUGUAAGAGAUGACUCACAUGGAAUACGUGUGCCAAUUCAGAGGGAUAUAUGUAUUUUAGACUUAUCAAUUGUUACAUUCAAACAAAUUAAUGCUUUAUGAUGCUGCGCUUUUUCUGUUGCAUAA